AACUGAUUGAUUGAAAAAGGAAGCCGGAAAUCCAUAUUUUGGGUUAUCACACAAUGCUGCUGGUCCUGAAACCAUUUGAUCAACUAACUCCUAAAGAGUUGUUCUCUAUAUACUAUUUAAGGACGGCAGUGUUUGUUGUGGAACAACAUUGUCCUUACCAAGAUGUGGAUGAAGUGGACUUGAUAUCUGACCACUUGAUGCUUAAAAAUGAAGAGGAUAAAAUUCUUGCUUAUGCUAGAGUAAUAUCUGAACCCAAUGGGUUUCGAAUUGGACGGCUUGUCGUUUCACCUGACGCGCGGGGAUAUGGCUAUGGACGCAGGAUUUGUGAAGAAGCUUUAGCUGCCGGUAGAGGUAAAUACCCAGAAGCAAAAGUCGUAAAUAUUCAGGCCCAAGCUUAUUUGAAAGCGUUUUACCAAUCUUUUGGAUUUAUGAUUCAAAGUGAUAGCUAUCUUGAGGACGAUAUUCCACAUUACGACAUGAAAUUAGUGCUUUAAAAAGCAGUAUCCCAAUAAAUAUGAGUCAUAUAUUUAGGAAUAAGCAAGGAAUGCAACAGUCGACAUAGGACUCACUUUCGAUUUCAUUCCUCAUAACGCAACAUGAGUGUAUAAUGAGAUUAGAUAUCAGGAUGGCAGUUUUCUUUCUCUUGUUAACUACUUUCGUUGGCUUUGAUUGCUAAAAUAUUUAUCUGGCUGUCCAGAAGAAUACCUUUGUUCUUUCUAUUUAUUUUAUAUGUAUGUUGAAAGAUUCCUUCUCGCAUAUCAAAGUGUGAGAGGUAAAAAGUAGAGGUUGCAAGAUUUAAUAUUAUCUUACUAAUUGCUACAGCCGAAAUUCUUUUUCUUUUGCAAUCUUGAGUUUUGAGAUCAGUUUUGUCAGACAUGGCAGAUUCUAAAUUUCUCACUUUUAAAGAUUAACGUUGAAACAAGAAAAGAUAGAAUCUCAAUCGAUAGUUAAUACUAUAGUACAUUUACCUCAACUAAGCUCUUGUUUGUAUACACUAUGUGCUACUAGUUCAAAAGCAGACUAAAGUUACAAAGUAUAAAGUAUAAAGGGAUGGAUAAAUAUCUCAAUUUCUUCAACAAUAACCUAUAUACAUUUCAUUUCCUCUUACAAAAAACACUAUAUUUGUCACGAAGCUAGCACAUCAACCUUGCUGAAGGUGUCUUAUAAGAAGCUUGUCUUAUGUUAAUCUUGGAAUUCUCCUUUAAGUGGUUUGAGUCCCAAAUGAAUUAAUUUACUAUAUAAUUUUAAUAAGAAAUAUAAAUCUCAU